UGUGUGUGUCAAACACCAGUGGUGGCAAAGCUCGGCCAUUUCAGUAUCACCUCACAAUUCCAAAACCCCCCUAAACCAACUACAACGACGCUUUUGGAUCAUAUCCAAAACCCUCCUUCUCCUUCACAUUUCAGAUUCUCAGGAAUCUAAGGGUAUCCAUUAGCUUCGAAACCCUGCUCUCUUCCUUCAAUUCGUCUCAAAGGGUAUGCUUUACUCCACCUCAAUUUUACUUUACCUCAAUGAUUAGCCUACCUUAAUUUCUAGGGUUUUAGACUUUCAAUUUGGUUUCGUUGAAUUGAAUUGGGGAUUUGGGGGGAGACGAUGGCCUCUGCUCAAGGCCUCGCUUCGUUGACCCAGACGUGUAUCGCAGCCAGACGACACCGUUUCGGCGGCGGCGGGGUUUCAGGGAAAGCUUGUCCUAGGGUUUGUAGUGUUAGUUUGAGAAUGAAAGAUAGCAACUUUGUGGUUGCGAAAUGGGGUAAAGGUCGUGACUUUAGGCUGUUUGGGUCGGUUCAGUUGGACCAGUUCGUGACGAGUGAUGAUGAGGAUGAAAUGGGGGAGAGUUUCUUUCAGGCAAUUGAGGAGUUGGAGGGGAUGAGGAGGGAGCCCUCUGAUGUUCUUGAGGAAAUGAAUGACCGGUUAUCGGCCCGGGAGCUGCAGCUUGUGCUGGUGUACUUUUCCCAGGAGGGGAGGGACUCGUGGUGUGCCCUCGAGGUGUUUGAGUGGCUCAGGAAGGAGAAUAGGGUCGAUAAGGAGACGAUGGAGCUGAUGGUUUCGAUAAUGUGUGGCUGGCUGAAGAGGUUGAUUGAGGAGGGGAAUGAUGUCGCCGAUGUGAUUGACCUGUUGGUGGAUGUGGACUGUGUUGGUUUGAAGCCGAGUUUCAGCAUGAUGGAGAAGGCGAUUUCGUUGUAUUGGGAGGUGGGGGAGAAGGAGAAUGCGGUUUCGUUUGUGAAGGAAGUGUUGAAAAGGGGGAUUGUGUAUUCGGAGGAAGAUGAUAGAGAUGGGCAUAGAGGAGGGCCUACUGGGUAUCUUGCUUGGAAGAUGAUGGUUGAUGGCAACUAUAGGGAUGCAGUGAAGUUUGUCAUUCAACUAAGAGAAUCUGGGUUGAAGCCUGAGGUUCACAGCUACCUCAUUGCAAUGACAGCUGUGGUUAAAGAACUGAAUGAGCUUGGAAAAGCUUUACGCAAAUUGAAAGCUUUUACAAGAGCUGGGUUGGUGGCUGAAUUUGACUCGGAAGAUGUUGGGCUGAUUGAGAUAUAUCAGUCUGAUCUUCUAGCUGAUGGAGUACAGUUGUCAAAUUGGGUGAUUCAAGAGGGAGGUGCUAAACUCUGUGGGGUGGUUCAUGAGAGGCUUCUGGCUAUGUAUAUCUGUUCUGGACGUGGACUUGAGGCCGAAAGACAAUUGUGGGAAAUGAAGCUUGUGGGCAAAGAGCCUGAUGGGGACCUUUAUGACAUUGUUUUAGCCAUCUGUGCUUCCCGCAAGGAAACUAGUGCCAUAGGAAGGUUGCUUACUAGGACAGAGGUUACCAGCUCUUUAUGUAAAAAGAAAAGCCUAUCAUGGCUGUUAAGAGGUUACAUUAAAGGAGGACAUUUUAAUGAUGCUGCAGAAACAGUAAUCAAAAUGCUUGAUUUGGGCUUGUUCCCGGAGUAUUUGGAUAGAGCAGCUGUGUUGCAUGGGCUACGAAAAAGGAUUCAACAGUCUGGUAUGGUUGACACUUACCUCAAACUUUGCAAGCGCCUUUCAGAUGCCAAUUUGAUUGAAUCAUGCCUUCUAUAUCUGUACAUAAAGAAAUACAAGCUUUGGAUCAUAAAGACAGUCUAGACAAUUUGCAAGAAGUUCAGAGAUUCAGUGAAUAUUGAAGUAUAGUUUCGUGGUUCAAGAUUUAUAGCACAAGCUCCUAUAGUCUCGGUGCUCUUAAAUGCUGAUUUUGUAUAGUUUUGGGAGGCUUCAAGCUCUGACCUGGUCAACCUAGAGGCUGAUAAACUGCAAUAUCUAAAAGUUGUUCUUGAGUAUAUAUUGUUCUCGGGGAUCUUUCACUUGUGUAUAUGGUGGCUACUGUAAACAUAAUAAUGAAGCUUCAACCCUAUGUAAUUAAGUAGACUUCGUAUAUAUGCUACAGGUAUGUUUCACAGGCA